AGUUCGCGGGGUGAGGGCGGUGAGGGACUGGAGACUAGGAGUAGGGGGAGGAGGAAGAAGAGGAAUCGGAGGAGGGGGAGGCGCGACAAGCAGCUCAGCAGUCACGGCGGCUGUUCUUCGGAGAGCAGGCGUGUGGCCCUUUCCCCGCCUUCUUUCCCUUCCCCUCCCAGUGAGUGAUUCAAGCCGUGCGCUUCCCACUUCCGCCCCCUCCGCCUGCCAUUGGAACUAGCAAAGCCGAACAAGUUGGGGCCGUCGAACAGCUGGCGCUUCCCUUCCUCCUCCUCUCCUCUUCUUCUCUCCUUCCCUCUUCAUCCCUGGCCGCCGCCGCCGCCGCCGCCCGGAGGCCUAGAAACCGCAAAGACCCCAGCCCACGCCGCGGCAGACAUGAGCUUCUUGUUUGGUAGCCGCUCCUCUAAAACAUUUAAACCAAAGAAGAACAUUCCAGAGGGUUCUCACCAGUAUGAGCUCUUAAAGCACGCAGAAGCCACACUUGGUAGUGGUAAUCUCCGGAUGGCGGUCAUGCUUCCUGAGGGGGAAGAUCUAAAUGAAUGGGUUGCAGUGAACACUGUGGAUUUCUUCAAUCAGAUUAAUAUGCUUUAUGGAACAAUCACAGAUUUCUGUACAGAGGAAAGUUGUCCGGUGAUGUCAGCUGGCCCAAAAUAUGAGUAUCACUGGGCAGAUGGAACAAACAUAAAGAAGCCUAUUAAGUGCUCUGCGCCAAAGUAUAUUGAUUACCUGAUGACUUGGGUUCAGGACCAGUUGGAUGAUGAGACAUUAUUUCCAUCAAAAAUUGGUGUCCCAUUCCCGAAGAAUUUCAUGUCUGUGGCAAAAACUAUACUCAAACGCCUCUUUAGGGUUUAUGCUCACAUUUAUCAUCAGCAUUUCGAUCCUGUAAUCCAACUUCAGGAGGAAGCACAUCUCAAUACUUCUUUCAAGCACUUUAUUUUUUUUGUCCAGGAAUUCAACCUUAUUGAUAGAAGAGAACUUGCACCACUCCAAGAACUGAUUGAAAAACUCACCUCAAAGGACAGAUAAAAGGACGCAGAGCUGUGCAAAUUGUUCCUCAAAUGAAGUGUGUGGAGUUUAUUUGGAUUUGGUUGUGUUUUAUUUUUGUCUCGGUCGUUUUUGUCAUAGGUUUAGGGGGCUUGUUUGGGUUUCUUUUUCUUUAUUCUGAGUAAGUGAAACCAUAUUCAAUUGCUAGAGGAAGCCAAGAACCAUUCUCUGUAAAUUUGAUAGGGGUAAGUUUUGUCUUAGUGGCAUAUGGUGUUUUUGUUUGUUUGUUUGUUUUACUUGGUUUGCUUACUUGCAGAAUUUUUGAUAAUACUGUGUGCUGAAAGAAAACGCUUGCUGAUUGGACUGAUGACAGUUGGGGGUUCUGUGUUGUGUAAAUUGUGGCCAAUUUCUGAAGUCCCCAAAAGACUUAUGUUUUUAAGUGCCUUGGUAGGCUCACUUCUGAGGUGCAAAGCACAGACAUAGAACUGAACAGGGCUUGAACAAUAUUAGGAUUACUACCCAGGGCACUUACUGAUGCAUGUUUUAAAAUGUCUAUGAUAAAAGCCAUAGUUUACCAAAAUUGGUGAUCUCCAGCUUUUACUACAUUAAAGAAACACAAUUUGUAAAGGUGUGCAUGCAGAAUGUACAAAAUUAGUAUUUAUUAAUUAUUUUUGAUAUUGAUGGUAAUUCUGUUCAACAAAUGUUUAAAGUUCUACAAGCAGGUCUUUCUUCCAUCUCUUGAUAUCUGUGAUAUUGAAACUAAAGGAUGUUGAAGUGUAAUACCUAUUGCAUUUUAGCUUCUUUCUACAUGUUAACUGCACUCUAGGUGUAAAAAUUCAGGUUUUAUAUAGGUUUGCCAUCUUCAGAGGUGAUGCUGAACUGUGAGGUUUCUUAGCAAUUGCCAAAUGAGCCAUAAGUCUAGAGAAUUCCCUUCUACUUUGAAGAGGAGGGGAUGGAUAAGAGUGUGUGUUUGGUUGGGAGGGUUUGUUUGUAUGGGGAGCUAUAGAUGGAAUUAUAUGAUGAGUCAAGUUCAGAAAGUCUUGUCUUAAAAUCCUUGAGUAGAGUGGCAUGAAGUUUUUAACGAAUUUCUUGUAAACAAAGUCUUAGAGACUUCCUUUUAGGAAUCAACUUCCAUGAGAAGUUAAACAUAAAUUAUUAAUUUUAGGUGUAGACAUUAAACAUGGAAUUUAAGGACUGUUUGGGGGAAAUAGAUCACUCUCCAGCAUUUCCAUUCAGUGAAUGGAGCUGGUGUUUGCCUGUCAUUUAAAAAUGAUACAGUACCCUUCUCUGCUUAUGAUAGGCCCAAUUUGAAGCAUUCUGACUUCUGAUUUUUCUACUGUGAAAGGAAAUCUUUUUCUUUGCAGUGAUAUCAAACAAUGUAAGUGCUAAUUUAGUAGUUAUUAACUUUUACAUUUUAUUUGUCAUGGCUUUCUAGUGAAUUAUUCCCAUAAGUAAAAAGUUCAGAAAGUUAAUUUUUAAAAUAAUUUUAACAUUUUUCACUUCAAUUUUAGUCUUGAGAAGUAUCUUUUUCAGACUUCCUUUUGAUUUUGUCAUUUCUGGUAAGAUCUGUUUCCUUCAGUUACAAAUAUGUAUUCUUCCUUUAGUGUGAAAUAUAUACCUUUUUCCUUGUGGAAUAGAAAUCUUGCUUUGAAAUUAUAUAGACUAAAAAUGGUCAGUAAGCGAGAAUCUAAAAUUAAAUAAAUCAGUCUGUCUUUGUCAUUAACAGGGAGAGCAGUGAUAUAAUUUAAUGCCAUUACAGUUAUGAUGACUAGGAACUGCCUUUUUCUCCAUUUCAUUUCUAACAAUCAUUCUCCAAGUACCAACAGUAGAAGUAAUGGGAGAGCCUGGCAAGUAUGUUGGACGUUCAUUGGUAAUGGUUAUUGAUAAACUGCAGUGAGAAGUAACUGAUGUCCUUAAAACAAAUAUUUUAUUACCUAGGUAGGUAAUAUCAAUCCCUGUAGGUUGAUUCAGAAAUAAAAUUUGGCAUCAAGUGACAUGGGGUCCUAUUUAUUGAUGAAAAUGAAGCAUGAUUAUUCCAGUAGUCUUCUAUACUGCGUUGGACUUUGUAUCAUCCUAGUAACAAAGGGGUUGCAAAUAGCCAAGUGUAGAAAAUACUGAAAAAUCGUUCUUGCUCUUUUAAGCCUUACACAGUAGUACACUGUAAAAAUGGAAGGAUGUUUCUAUAAAAUAAUGUUUAGUACUAGGCCCUACUUUCCUACUCUGUGUAGAUAGGAGUUUGUUGUCACUGUGUCAGAAUCUCAGGUGCCUGCUUCUGAGUAUUCCUUUAAACAGAGGUAUUAUUAGGAAGUAAGGAGAUAAUGUACGCAUGGAUAUGGUAACAAAGUAGAGAAGUUCUCCCAGGGAGAGGCCUGGCAUUUACAUGGGGUUACAUGGCCACAGGUAAGGAAACACCCACCAGAGCAUAUGAGAAAUAACCAGUUUAACAGAACUUGCUUUGAUUUGAUUAGUUUCCAUGAGCGUUAAUAAGAUGCCCUUUAUAAAAUAAGGAUCAAAUCCUGGUUUUGCAGCACUUUGCUUACGAAUGUGUAUUGGAUUCUUCCCAGAUCUCUUAAUUUAGUUUAUAAAUAACCAAGAUAAUGAUUUCCCCCCUGCUCUUUAUACAGAGAUUUAAAGCAGAAGUUGGUUUUCUCAUCCACUAAUUAAAGCAUAAAAUAUCAAGUAAUAAGUUAACAUAGUAUUAUUAUCACAAUGCUUUGGUUAAGUGUUGAAAUGAAGCAAGUUUUAGGAGUUAUUUUAAAUGAUGGAAAAUUAAUAAUCCAAGAGUGAAAAUCUUUCGGUAAGCAGUAGAUGGUGCUACUGGCUCUCAUUUGCUGACUUGAUUGUUCUGUUGCCCAUAAAAACCAUGGCAUUAGACUUCAUUAAAAGAGUAAGCAUGUGUUAGUUGGCUGGUAGAGGCUUUGGAGGUCAGUUUACUUUACAUCGAAAGAUUUUACAUUGCUCUUUCUAUUUGUGUUAUUUGUAAAUGGUAAAGGGUGAGCAUAAAAUGUAUUGGCUGGGGGAAGACAGGUUUAGUGUAUAAUAUAUCUCAGAUUAAGUUACUGCCUGGCUUAUCAGGAAAGAUAAAACACUACAAUCUCUUAUCUUCAGGAAAUACAGAUGAUGUGGAUAUUUAUAUUUUACAUGUAAUCACCAGACUCCAUUUUAUGUAUUAGCAUUUUCCUUGCUUAUGGGAAAAUAGCAAAAUGACAUUUCUUUUAUACCUUUGUGUACACCCUCUCUGAGAGAGGUUUUGAUAACCACUGAAAUGGUGAAAUGUGAGAUACAAUUAUUAAGUUAGUUGUAGGACUUUCUUUUCAAAUAAGUAUGUCAUACCUUAAACAUCCAAAUGAGAGUUGAUCUUCAGAGUGGUUCCUGUGGGAGCAUUAUUCUUUCUAGCUAUGCUUUGAGGGUGUAAUGUUUUUGGAGCAUUUUCAGAGAUGCCUUGAGAAUUGGUUUAUGACUAUGCAAGAAAAUCUAUUUCAUCAUUUUAGUUGCACCGAAGACUUUUUUGGCAGCUUAGUAAGACCUAGCUCAUUCACCAAACUUAACUCUACUUUGCUGUUUUCUUAGAACUAAACCAUUAGGGAAGUUCAAAAGACUGCCAUUGGCUCUGAAUUUGCAGAAGAGAAUGUUUUGAGCAUUGGUAGCACCAUUUAAUAAAGGAAUAGUUUCCUGAUGUCUCUACUUUGAAGUACACAGUGUCAUUUGGAUGUAUAGGUUUUAUUUAAUUUUUACAAAUUUAGUUUAAUUACCUUAUUGUUAAAUAUAAUAAUUAAAAAAUCAAGGUCUGUCUCUUGUUUUCUACUUUCGUUCCUUUCCCUGAUAGCUUCUGAGUUUUAUCUCAACUACUAUAAGAUAAUUUUGAUUGAAGGGACAGUAUGAAAAAAAUGGAUCCAAUAUUUAAUAUAGAAGUAGCUUAAGAUAACAAUAGCCUUUACCUUUGUCCUUUUUUUUAAACAUUAUUUUCACUCAAAUGAAAAGACUGCAGAUCAUUGUACAAAGAAAUUGGAAUAAAUUUUAUAUAAUAAUUAUGCUGAAUGUUAAACCUGUGUAUCACAGAUAAAAUAUUUAAAAUUGUAUAAUCAUUUCAUAUAUCAUUUAUAACUUUAAAAUUUUUGAAUGUCUUUUUAAAAGAUAUGGGACCAUAAGUAUAUUUGUAACUUGAAAAUGUGACUGCAUACCAAGGGGAAAAGUUAUUUUGAAAUUUUCGGAAAUAUUAAAGAAUAUACCAAUUUUUAGACAUGCUAUUCUAGAUCCACUCCUAAAAUAAUUUAAAUAGUAGAGUUUUGUCAUAAUGUUAAGAUUCACCCACAGCAAUUACUGUUUUUCAGUUUAAUGGUGUAUGAUAUUACUAGAGGUAAAGAUAUCUUAAGAUUUAUUGGAAAAAUUUAAUUUUAAGGUAUAGUAACAGUUCUGACUACAAACAAUUUAAACUUUUAAGAUGUUCCUAACAAGUUAAUCAUAGAGAAUAAUUUAUUGUAAAGGUAUAAUACUAUGUUCCAUGUCUGCCACUUAUAGCUGAACAAAACCUAAAUUUUGACAAAAGACAGGAAAUGCAUAUUAAAAUAUUGAAUAAUCUCAGUUUUGCAAGUAUGAUGCCAGUUCCUUUUCUGUGUGUAAUGCUAUACAAUAGAGCAUUUUGGGUUACAGUUCUCAAAGAUAGAUAAUGAAAGCACUGGCCUGUUUUUAGCUCUGUUGGCUUGUCAUCUCCUUUUCCUUAAAUUACUUCCUUACGCUCUUGACUUCCCACCUCUCAGCCUCCAUUGCACUAGGAGAACAAAACAGAUGGGUUGAUUGUGCAGGUCCUUGUUGUUAGUGGUUCUGAAGCACUUUCUGUAAUCCACUGACAGAAGUGUUGGCAGGUGCAACUUACAUAAGCAUUUUUGGUUUGUUCUGGUUGACAGCUUUCUUGAAGUUAUGUCACUGAAGCUGAGAUUAUUAGUAAUUUAAAAUUUUUGUUAAUAUUUAAUGUUUCUUCUGUGUAUUAAAUUUUUAUGUGUUGGUGUUUCUUACAGGUUUGUACAUAUUUUCAUUUUCAUUUUCUGAGAUAAUAGAUUAGUGCAUUUCCAUAUUAAGAACACAUUUCUCCUUAAAUUGUUCUGCAGAAAUAACUAUUUUUGGGGGAAAUAGUUUUUUACAGUCACUAAAUUGUGUUAUUUUUGUACAUGCAUAACUAAGGUGGUAAGGGCCCUAAUCCUGUAGGGAAUGCUUAACUUUUGUUCUAUUUGAAUUUUUCCAUAUGUUAUUACUUAAAAUUAUCAAGGAACAGUGUCAUGAAAUCUAGGUUGAGAGAGAGUACAAUAAACAUGACAACUCUUAAAGUUUGAGUAGAGAUAAUUUCUGAUGACAAAAGCAUAAUCCUGCCAGUGCCAUAUAAUGGAAGCCUAUUCACAUUGUGUAAUUGCAGAGAAUGUGCAAGACAACGGAUCCUGCUCUCAUGGAAACACACAAUUCUCUUUAUUUUUAAGUAGUUGGAUGGGGAAAAAUGGUCUGAAAUAUGAAAUGAAACAUGAAUGCUAUAUUGAAAAGUGUGCCAAGAUUACUCAAAUUCUAGUUAUUACAGAUCAAAGUUUAACUGCUUCGUCAUUUUACUUUAAAAGGGAUACUGAAUGUCAGAAAAUCUGUAAUAUGUUUAAUUGAAAGAUGUAAAUAAUGUAUACAGACUUGUAUGUGAUGGGAUGGGAAAUAUUUAAAUUCUAGGUUUUUUCUAAAGGAAGAAACUGAGUGUUUAUUUAAAAAAUUAAUAAAUAGUUAUGUUUGGCCAUGAA